CAUCACAUUUUCAGCUUCCGGAGAACAGUACCUUGUAUGGAAGACACCACUGCGCAUGCACAGGAACCAGUUUCAGCUCCCGUGCCUUGCGCUGGAUGCAGACCAUGACUUUUGCAAUCAAAGAGAUCAACCAGCGCAAUGACCUCCUGCCACACCUUAAGCUGGGUUUCCACAUCCGUGACAGCGGUGACAACAUACCUGCGUCUCUGAAAGCAUCUUUACUACUGGUGAACGGUCAACCAGAGAGGGGCAAAGGUCUGGAGAUAGACACUGACUCUAAUUUAGGCUGUGGUGCCGUUAGCCAGGCUGUGUCCCCAGUAAUUAUAGGAGAUGCUGGCUCUGGGGUGUCUAUGGCUCUGCUAAGAAAUCUAGGUUCUUUCCACAUCCCCCUGGUGAGCUACUUUGCAUCCUGCAGCUGUCUGAGUAACCAAAGAGAGUUCCCUACAUUCAUGCGGACCAUGCCUAGUGAUGCCUUCCAGAUCAGAGCCCUGGCGCGCUUGGUUAGCUAUUUCGGCUGGACCUGGGUGGGAGUCAUUGGAGCUAAAUCUGAAUACGCUCGCUUUGCCAUCCAGCUCUUCCUCCAGGAGUCAGUGCACUAUGGUGUGUGUGCUGCCUACACACACCUCUACCCUGUAGCACUAAGUCAGCAAGAUGUAGAUGAGCUUCUUGAUAAUAUUCAGGUGGCAUCCUCCAAGGUCAUCAUUAACUUUUCUAGUGAAUCAGAGCUUCAGACUAUUCUGAGAGAAAUCAGACGUCGAAACAUAACCGACCUGCAGUGGAUUGCCAGUGAGGCCUGGUCCACUGCCAAAUCACUCUGGGAAAAAUUUGGAGAUCUCCUGACGGGAACAUUAGGAUUUGCUAUCCGGAGGGCAGAAGCAAUUCCAGGGUUGAAGCAACACCUCAUCAGUCUCAGACCAUCGUACAUACAUGACUCAGCUUACCUGGCAGAAUUUUGGGAAGAGAUGUUUAACUGUCGGCUAAAUGGGUCCGUGAACAGCCACUCUCACGGGGUCGACAAGUACCUAGACAGAUGUCCAUGUAAAGGGACGGAGGAUUUAAAGGAUGUUUACUCUCCUUAUUCUGAUGUAACACAGCUAAGAGUGUCAUAUAAUGUUUACAAGGCUGUGUAUCUUGUAGCCCAUGCAUUGCAAGAUAUGAGUGACUGCAUAAUUGGACAGGGGCCUUUCCUUAACGGCACCUGUGCAGACCCUAAGAAUUUUCAAUCUUGGCAGCUCAUCCACUACAUGAAGCAUACAAAUUUUUCUGCACUUGGAGAAAAAGUCAGCUUUGAUCAAAAUGGUGACCCCAUCGCUUACUAUGAUCUCCUUAACUGGCAGAGGAUGCCUGAUGGCUCACUACAUUUGGUUAAAGUAGGCUUCUAUGAUGCCUCAUUGCCUGAUGGAUACAGCCUGGUGAUAAAUGACUCAGUGAUUCAGUGGCCUGUUGGGAAGAAGGCUUCCCGGUCUGUUUGCAGUGACACUUGUCCUCCAGGUUCCCGCAUCGCCAGGAGGAAGGGGGAACCCAUCUGCUGUUUUGACUGUGUCCCCUGUGCUGAGGGAGAAGUUAGUUAUGAAAAUGAUUCUUUAGAAUGCUCACGCUGCUCAGAGGACAGAUGGUCCAAUAAAGCCAGAGAUCUCUGUAUCCCAAAGACAAUUGAGUUCCUUUCUUACCAUGAAAUAAUGGGUAUUGUGCUGUGUGUGGUAUCUGUCCUUGGAGCUUGCAUUUCCCUCUCCAUCCUUGCCCUAUUCUUCAUGUAUAAAGACACACCAUUGGUUCGGGCAAACAACAUGGAAUUGAGCUUCCUUUUCUUGGUGUUUCUUGCCGUAUGUUUCCUUGUUGGCCUGUUGUUCAUCGGAGAGCCCUCAGACUGGCUUUGCCGCAUCAGGUACCCAGCAUUUGGGAUCAGUUUUGCCCUCUGCAUUUCAUGCCUCCUGGCCAAGACAGGGGUGGUCCUAAUGGCCUUUAGGUCCACACUGCCAGGAAGUAAUGUCAUGAAAUGGUUUGGACCAAAACAGCAGAGAGCCAGUGUGUUUUUAGGAACAGCUGUCCAGGUAAUAAUCUGUCUUAUCUGGCUGAUCACCAGUCCACCUCAUGCCCACAAUAAUACGGAUUACCACAGUGCUACCAUCAUCAUCGAGUGCGUUACUGGCUCAGAGGUUGGCUUCUGGUGCGUUCUUGGAUACAUCGGCAUCCUGGCCUGUAUGUGCUUCUUAAUGGCUUUUCUGGCUCGGAAGUUGCCUGAUAAUUUUAACGAGGCAAAGUUCAUCACCUUCAGCAUGCUGAUAUUCUUUGCAGUGUGGAUUACUUUUAUUCCAGUUUAUGUGAGCACAGCUGGGAAGUACACGGUGGCUGUCCACAUCUUUGCUAUUUUAACUUCGAGCUUUGGUCUCCUUUUUUGCAUUUUUGCUCCAAAGUGCUAUAUCAUAAUUCUGAAACCAGAAGAAAACUCCAAGAAGAAAAUGAUGCACAAAUGAA